AGGACCUCUGUGUCCCCUCAGAGCAAUGGCAGGGUAAUAAUUUACUUCCUGGCAUAAGCCACUCCUUGAGAAUAUUCCUUUUGACCUUCAGACUAAUUCACCAAAACAAAAACAGAGAGGGGGUGUGUGUAAAUAACACCCUUAUGCAACUGGUACUAGUUACACACUCGGCUUUCUCCAGUGCUGCGUGACCGGACAGCCCUGCCUGGUUGACUUUCUCCUUUUGGCAGGGGAAGGCCAAGAAAUUGCACAGCUUCUGCGAGUCUUCCUGCUGGACGUCUACCUGCCUCCUGGGCCCUGAGGAAGUAGAGCCUACUCACUUGGUGCUGAUUGCUGAAUUGAUAGCAGAGUUUCUCAGGCAGUGUACAUCUCUCUGGGCUGACUUUAUGCCCAUGCCCUGACCAGGGGCCCCCUCCACAGCACUGGGGAAGACUAAGGGUAAUGAACUUGACUGCUUUGGGAGAGGCUCAUCCUGCCUCCCCUGCCUUUGCUCAUCUGGACUCACAGUUUCAGGCAUCUGUGCCUCAUUUGCACCUACAAGAUCUUAUAAAGCACGGGUGUGAGAGGAUAGAACAGACCAUCAAGGCCUCGGGUUCCAGGCUGUGCUCCUAUGCGGAAAGAGCUGUCUUCUUAAUGGACCGUUCCAAACACCCGGAUAACAGUCCCCAGCCUCUGACACCGACUGACAACAUCAACCUUGGCCCUUCUGCUAAUCCGAAUGCCAAGCCAACGGACUUUGAUUUUUUGAAAGUUAUUGGGAAAGGAAGCUUUGGAAAAGUUCUCCUGGCCAAACGCAAGUCCGAUGGGAUGUCUUAUGCUGUGAAAGUCUUGCAGAAGAAAUCCAUCCUGAAGAAAAAGGAGCAAACCCACAUUAUGGCGGAACGCAACGUGCUGCUGAAAAAUGUGAAACAUCCUUUCCUGGUGGGCCUCCACUACUCUUUCCAGACCUCCGAGAAACUCUACUUUGUGCUAGACUAUGUCAAUGGAGGAGAGCUCUUCUUCCACCUGCAGCGAGAGCGCUGUUUCCGUGAACCUCGUGCCCGCUUUUACGCAGCUGAAGUAGCCAGUGCAGUAGGGUACCUGCAUUCCUUGAACAUAAUCUACAGGGACUUAAAACCUGAAAACAUCCUGCUGGACUGCCAGGGACACAUAGUAUUGACAGACUUUGGACUUUGCAAAGAAGGAAUGGAGCCAGAGGAAACGACCUCUACUUUUUGUGGCACCCCAGAGUACUUGGCCCCAGAAGUGCUAAGAAAACAACCCUAUGACAGAACAGUAGACUGGUGGUGUCUGGGAGCUGUCCUCUAUGAGAUGCUGUUUGGGUUGCCUCCCUUUUACAGCCGGGAUGUGUCUCAGAUGUAUGACAAUAUUCUACACAAGCCACUCCAGAUCCAAGGAACCAAGACCAUGGCAGCUUGUGAUAUCUUACAGGGACUGCUUCACAAGGACCAGAAGAGGAGGCUGGGGGCCAAGAUGGACUUUCUUGAGAUAAAGAAUCAUGUGUUCUUCAGCCCAAUAAACUGGGAUGACUUGUAUCACAAGAGGAUCACUCCUCCCUUCAACCCCAAUGUGUCUGGUCCUGCUGAUCUGCGACAUUUUGACCCAGAGUUCACACAAGAAGCGGUCUCGAAUUCCAUCACCCGGACACCUGACUUAGCAGCCAGCUGCUCCAGUGCCUCAGAUGCUUUUUUAGGGUUUUCUUAUGCACCGACUGAUGAGGACUUUCAGGUUUUUAAAUAGGACUUGGGAAGCCUAAUUUUAAUUGAUGGUCUUGAUUUUAAAAUGGCACUGUCCUCUGCUCAUGACUGUUAAAGAAAUUCGGACUAGCACACUAACUGGAAUGGACCUGAACUCUUUCAUUGUGAUGCACAAGUUUUUUCCUUCCUCUGGCAGGGAGGCUGCUGAUUGUCCUGGUUAGAGAUUUUAUUCCUACAGAAUUGAAGUUAACUCCAUGGUCUUAUUUAUGUUUAGAAGCUUAGUGCCAUCAUUCAUGCCAAAACCACAUCUCAGUACACUGCAAGUUACUUACCCAAUAACAACUAGCCUACUUAUUUUGGAAGUGCCUGUGUAACUGUGCUUCGUACACAUAGCUAGUCUGUCUCCUCCCUCGUGUCUGAUGGCUCUAUCAAUGGCGAGGAGCAAAUCUGUUCACACUACGGGUAUGUCUACGCUAGAAACGCUGCAGUGGCACAGCUGGAGCACUGCAGUUACAUCACUGUAGUGUAGUCACAGAAUGAAAGGAGUUCUUCUGUUGCUGUAGUAAAUCCACCUCUCCGAGGGGCAGGAGCUAGGUCAAUGGAAGAUGUCUUCCGUUGACCUAGGGUUGUCUACACUGGGGCUUAGGUCUACGGACUUAACUACGUCUCUCGGGGUGACAUAACUAGGUCAACCUAAGGUUUAGGUGUAGAUCAGGCCUGUCCUUAUGCUGUGACGAGUCACUGUGAUGGGAAGAUGGCACUGGAUUUUUUACUUAAAUAUACACAUCAAGCAAAACUCCCUGAACUUUCCUCAGUAACAUCUGUUAACAGCAAGCCAAAGGGUAACUGACCGGUACUUAUGUGUGUUUAGUUAUAUCUUCCCUCCCUUCUUUUUAAAGGAAGGGCAAGAUCCUUAGCUGAUGUCAAUCAGCAUAGCUCUGCUGACUACAGUGGAGCUACAGUAAUUUACAACAGCUAAGGAUCUGGUUUGGAGUCUUUUUGAUGUAGCCACUUCAGUCAAGCUAUCACUUGACAAGUUUGUGCAUAAUCUGAGUGUUGGACUAAACUACAUUCCACUCUUCCAGCUGGGAGCUCUGCACCCUAGUAAUGAGAGGCAGUUUCCCACCAGCAUUAGGAAGAAUUCAGAUCUCCCAAGUAUGAAAGUGCUCCAAAUCUUAUGUGUACUAGUACCUACUGAAUACCCCAUGGGCAACUACCAAUCUGAGAGCCCAGAUGAUGUAGGUGGGAGUUUUUUUGAAAAAGGCUCCCAAAUUUAAAUGGAACCUGAUGUUGUUCUGAAUGUGUGUGUGUUAAAGGCUAAUUUAUUCAUUCUGCCUUAAUGUAAAUGCUGGAGUCUGGAUUGUUUUUUUAAAACAUUAUUCAUUAUUCUGUCUCUGUGGGGAGGAGAAAGGGGAAUAAGGUCUGAUAGUGUUAGGAGAAUCUCCUGUAUUGGUCCACACAUGGACACUGUUAGCAUGAAAAACCUGGAUUUCUAAAGACUGGUCCAAAUGAGCACCUUGUCUUCUGCUCUAGAAGCUCUGUUGACAUGCUGGAGCACUUGUGAUACUUGCCUUGAAAAGAGAAUGGAAACUUUUUUUUAUCUUGCCCAAUUUUACCUUUAUUGUACAUACUGAAGUUAUUAAUAAAAAAAGUCCUAUUUUAAAGUGAA